GACAUCUGCUGUCGGCUGAAAGAGUGGAGUCUUCCAUCCUCCAUGCACAAGGUCGUGCUCCCCAUCUUCCACCUGCCGCCGAAUAACUAAGUAUCCUCUAACCUUGGUAAACUUCGUUUGCUAUGUGUAAAUCCUAGUAAAUCAGUAAUAGUGGUUAAUAGGAUAAUCUUGCUGUAGUUACUUUAAUGGCGUCUAAAAUCCGUCUUAACGCGUCUUCUUUAUCACACCGGAGACAUGGCGGCGCACUAAGGCUGCAUCCUGAAUCCACCACAUCCUACAACCUAAACACGAAUCGCUCAGGCUCGGCUGCGACAGCCAGUGAGAGCAGCACUGCGACCGCGUUAGAGGAGGAAGCAGACAACCCGAGAGAGGAGCAAAGGCCACUGAAACAAUCUCUGAGCAAGUCCCUGUGCAGAGAAGUGUUCUGGAAAUGCCUCUUACUCUCCAUGCUUAUGUACGGGUGCAUGGGAGCCAUGGUGUGGUGCCAUGUUACCAAGGUCACCCGGCUAAGCUUCGACAGUGCCUACAAAGGAAAGUCCAUGAUAUACCAUGACAGUCCAUGCUCUGAUGGUUACAUUUAUAUCCCUUUAGCAUUCCUUGUCAUGCUCUAUGUGGUUUACUUGGUGGAGUGUUGGCACUGCCAUGCAAGGAACGAGCUACAGUACAAAGUGGAUGUAGAAGGAAUAUAUGAAAGAGUGCAGAGGAUGCAACAGGCCAAGCCCUGUAUUUGGUGGAAAGCCAUUAGCUACCAUUAUGUCCGGCGAACGCGACAGGUAACACGCUACCGCAACGGUGAUGCCUACACCACCACUCAGGUGUAUCAUGAGAGGGUGAACACACAUGUGGCUGAAGCAGAAUUUGACUAUGGCCACUGUGGAGUGAAGGAUGUUUCCAAGCAGUUAGUUGGCCUGGAUAAAUCACCUAUCACCAAAUUAAGGUUCACUAAGUGCUUUAGCUUUGCUAAUGUGGAGUCUGAGAACUCCUACCUUACUCAGCGGGCCAGGUUCUUUACUGACAAUGAAGGUCUUGAUGAUUAUAUGGAGGCCCGGGAGGGAAUGCACCUGAAAAAUGUAGACUUCAAAGAGUACAUGAUUGCCUUCUCAAAUCCAGACAACCACCCCUGGUACAUCUCUAACUAUGUCUUUUGGACAGCUGCCUUCCUGACAUUCUCAUGGCCUUUGAGGGUGCUGACAGAGUACUGCACAGCUUACGUCCACUACCGUGUGGAAAAGCUUUUCGGAACAGACUACAUCCCAAUGACACCAUGUGAAGAGCACCCAUACUGCAGACGCAUUCCCAGGGUCAACACCAUUGACAGCACUGAGCUAGAAUGGCACAUCCGCUCCAACCAACAGCUGGUGCCCAGUUACUCAGAGGCGGGCCUGAUGGACCUAGCCCAGCGCUCAGGAGGUUACAGGCAAAACUGUGAGCGAUGCCACCGUGCCAUCAGCAGCUCUUCAGUUUUCUCCCGUAGUGCUUUAAGCAUCUGCAAUGCAAGUCCUCGCCUUCCAUUUAGCAGCAGCCGCUUUUCACUGGGCCGUCUAUAUGGCUCACGCCGCAGCUGCUUCUGGAGGAGUGGCAGCCUGGAUGAGCCUGAGAGCCCCAGUGAGAACACACGCUGUCUCUCUGGAAAUAUCGCCACAACUGAGGAUGACCCUCCAGCCUACCAAGAUGCGCUCUACUUCCCGGUUCUCAUUGUCCACUGCAGUGAGAGCUGCCAAAAUCACCGCUCUUUCCACAGAAACAGUUCAUGUGUGGAGACCUCCUUAUGAGGCUCACUGAUGCACCAUUGGAGGAUAGUAAUAAAAUUAAAUGGAUAGAAAUGAACUGUCCAACACUGACUUAAAACUGACCUGUCACUCAGGAAUUUCAUUGUCCAUGACCCAAUUUACGCAGCCCAACGGCUGCUAUGGGAACUGUACAUUGCUAUAAGACAGACGUUGUAUUUAUGUUGAACAAAGAAUGUCCUCACACUGUAUUUACUAAAACAUAAUCAAAUAUCUGAAGCUAAUUUUCUCUACAUUAUCAUCACUUUCCACAGCAAUAAUCAGUGUCCUCUGUUAAAAGUAAUAAUUUUCUAUUACAUGGUUCUAAUUAUAGCUGCAAGUUUCUUAUGUAAUGUUGCAAGACAAGUGCUUCUUUAUCUUGUUAAAUAUAGAGGCCUAAGCCUUUACAAAGCAAAUAUCCUCUAAGUGUGCUUUUAACUUUGAUCACAAAGUUGUUGUUUUUUUACUGGACAACUUUUCUUUGUAAUCAUGAUGCACUCAAGGUCACAUAAACCAAAUUAUGUGUAUUGAACAGGAAUGUUGUCAAGUUACUUUGAAAUUAAAAGCGAUGUACAGAAUAUCACCAUAUAAAACUACAACAUUUAUGGUUUACAUUUGUGUAAAACCGUGUAUUGUAUACAAGAGAUAUCCGUUGUUUGUAAUUACAGUGUGAUGUAACUUGAUAAUAUGCUAUGGUAUGCUAUUACAAACAUAUUGUCUAUUGUAAGUAUUUUACACAGGAUAUCCAAAUCUGCUGAGAAAAAGAAUAUUCUACAUUUCAGGCUAUGCAACAAUUAACCUCCAGUAUAGUAUGGCAUUUAACUGUAUAGGCAAAUUUAAAUGGAAUGUAAGACUGCUUGAUCUUUUUUAAUUGAUUGUAUGUAAAAGACCUGAUUUAGGACUGAGAUCACAGGCUGGAUUUUAAAACACAGGAAUCUGUGGAAUGUUCACGAAGUAAGAACUUUAUAUUUGGCAAUGGCAAGUUGUUUCUAUGGGAUGGUAAAGCUUUGCUGAAGAAGUGCAUAACAAAGCAUGGCACAAUGAAAAAGGGCACUGCAAACUUCCCGAACUUAAAACAGGACUACUUGCUCUCAACCAGUGUCAUCUACUUAAUGGUUGAACUUUAUUAACACCUUACUAGAACCCAGUUGUAUCAGGUCAAUGUCAAAUCAGAACGUUAUGGAACAUCAAAUCCUCUUCCAAAGACAUUUACCCAAAUUGAAAUUCAAGAUUCAUAUGUAUCUUUGGUGCUUUGACUGUUGUGUCUAGAAGGAAACUGUUAAAACUAGAUAUACGCUUCAGUUUAUAUUGCCUGAAUACCCUAUCUAUCUGAGAAUGUUACAGGAAUUGUUCAGUAAUGUCAUAAGAAGGUUAGACUGCUAUAAAAAAUAACCUUUUUAUAAUGUGAUGUUAUUAUGACUUGUUGAUAUGAACCAUACAGAAAAGUUUCUUUUUACCUAAAAUUGUCAGCUGGGUACAUUUUAUCACAUUUACUGAUCGGGUCAGUGGGAAAUCACACAAUGUUGCCUUUAUGUAGCACAAUUACACAAUAAAAUAUCAAUAUGACACAUCAAGGUAACAGUAUAAGCACUCAAUAAACCAGUCAUGUAAAGAUCUGUGUUAGGAGACAUUUAUACGAAACAAGACACAUAGCUAUAAACUAUGAACACUAUAGCUAUAAACACAUCUCAUUCAGAAAUAAGCUUCAGCAGCUUGCAGAAAUUGGGGUGAAUUGUAACAAAUUGCAAAAAGGAAAUUAUUGUGACAUAUUAGUAAUGUCAUUUUAAAACAAGAUUUACUCUUUGGCCUAAUUUAUUUAGACUAUCGUGCAUUUCUUUCAAACACAGCAGAAAUAACACUGCUAAUAUGCUGCUGCAGCACCCCUAUUGGUGUGAAAGAAGUAUUUAGAAAAAAAUACUGAAAUAUAAAAAUGCUCAAGAGUUUUGGCAAAACAGAUCUUAGUGUUAGAGGAAGUUUUCUUCAGUUUUUUGCAUCAUAUUAGCAUGUAAUGCAAUUAGGCAAUUUGUACAAGUAACCAAUUUGCUACAAUAUUGUGUAUAUAAUUACUCAUACUUUGUUACUUUCAUAUUUAAGCACUACAUUAAUGUCAUCUCUUUGUUUUUCUAACCUGUUCGUUAUUUUACAUAUAUAAUUUAGGUUAAAUAAAAACACUGAAUAUAAUAGUGAAUGUGAUAGUAUGGUGAAAAUUGUUACAUAAAUUUUCAAAAUAAACUGUAAAAUCAGGCAUUCGGAGAAGUUAUGACCAUGAAAUCUUAACCAUAUGUGACAUACAUAUAUGGUUACGAUUGUAGAUACACAUAUAUGACUACAAUAAAUAAAAAAGUGUCUUCUGC